AUUGAACUUCCAAUUCGUUUGUUUGAAUACAUGCAUCGAAACCGAUGUUAUUUUAUCAAAGAACAUUCAGGAACAUUCUUUUGCAGAACAUUUAAAGCUACAAUUUAAAAAACGAAUCUGUCAAAAGUAUUUUCAGUGAACUGUACUUGAACAAAAAUAAAAAUGGAUGUUUAUGGAUAUCCUCCAUACCAAUAUUCACAAUCAGAGGAACUAACUAAACAGAUGUUUGCUCAACAAGCGAUGGGAACUUCAUUGCCGUACAGUCGUGACAUUUCAGGACCACACGUAAUGCCAGUACCAUCUGGCAUUCCUUGGAACAUGCAGGGAUUACCCUGGGGUAUGCAAUCACCGCCUCACCUCGUACAGUUCACAGCACAAACUCCAAAUGUGGAGACCAAAAUAACAUCAGUAAUUCAUUGCAAACGGAAGAACUUGGAUGUUGAACCGACUAUACCAGCUAAACAAUUAAUAACAGAGGAAAAAAUGGCAGCACAUCUCAAUAGUUUGCACAUAUCAUCUGAAUACACUUCGCACAGUCUUGCUUAUGAGGAUUUUAUGGAUGUGAAUAUGGAAAUGCCCUCUACAUCCACAUCAACAUCAAUAUCGGAUAAACUAAAGGACAAAUUUACUAUAGUUUUAUCAGAAGAGGUAAAGAAAAUUAAAGAUCAACCUCUACUACCACCUGCCCUUAUUGAGAGAUUAGAAAAACCUCAGAUGUCCCUAGUAGUGUGGAAACCCCGGGAAAAUAUAUUGGAAAAGUUAAAAGAUGUAACUGAGCAAAAGACUGAUUCAGAGGAGGAGCAGCCUAAGAAGAGGAAUGGUUUGUUAGUUGCUGAACACAGUGGUAUGGAUAUAGAGAUGUGAUGGAUUUUUUUAUAAUAUUUCAUAUAUAAGCUCUCGAGUCAUUAUGCAUGUUUUUUUUUAUGAACUUUACAAAUAUAGUUUAGGUGUGAUAGAAAUAAUUGAACUACUUUGUAUAAAACCUGCUAAAAUAUUAUCAAUUUCUUUAAAUAUAUUCAAAUUAUGCAUAUAUUUAUAUAUGAGUAUGUUAAAUUUCCAUAUUAUCUUUUGCCUAUAGAUUGGAAUAGCAAAAUUACAUCACAGGAUAUACUAUUACGCAUGUAGUAUCCAUCAUGUGUUGUGUGUUGUUAUUUCUAAGGACUAAGGUAUGGUUUCUUAUCCUAUAAUUACACUGCCAUUGUUCAAGCUUUCCAACUAAAAUUUUUUUGCAUGGCUAUGCAAAACAGCUGGAUUUUAGCAAAAAGUUUUUGCUGAAAUAAGUGAGAUAAAAUUAGAAAAGCUAACAGUGUACUUUUGUGUGUAUUCUAAAUUCGAAAGUAUUGUAAAUAAUAAUUACUAGAACAAAUUACUGUACUAUAAUAUCAGAUUUGUGUUAAUUUUUUUUAAGCAGGCUGUACCCAUACCAUUCGAAUAUUAUUCUAUGUGUUAUCUUUAAUUUGUGAAUUUUAUUUUUAGGAUUGACAAAUUGAAUAAUACUUAUAUUCAAUUCUUCAUAUAAUUAAUAACAGAGUUCGAAAAUUAAAAUAUGAAUAGAAACUUUAUAUAACGAUUUUUAAUUUAAUACAUUUAAUUUGUAAGAAUUGAUUUUAGUAACAAUGCAAACCAUUAUCUAAUACUAACAUAAAUUUUAUAAUAAAGCCUAGACAUAUACUAUUCUAUUUCGUUUUGAGAUCAGACUUACUUAAUCUAGCCUUUUCUUUGAUCUAAGAUGUUUAAGUAAAUGCCCUUGAUUCAAACAGUGCAUUACGAGAGUGUAACGAUGCGUGUGAGAGAAAUUGAUUCAUACCUCGCUUUACCAGCUAGUGAGUAUAGGGUGUAAUAUACCUAGAGCUCAGUAGCUGGCAAGGCAGAUAUGUGUACCAUGUGCACUGCAGAAUAUUUGAAAAAUAUAUGACAGUUUUACCUACUGUUAAUUUUGUCUUUGAACCCUGUGAUGAUAAGUGUAUAUUUAAAAUAAGUUUAAUAUAAUAUAGUUUUGUAAGCUCAAAUUGUACAAAAAUUAUAAAUUAUGAAUAAAGUUUUGUUGAAAUACGUGA